AUGAUGCCUGGCCGGACCCUGCACAAAGCCACGCCACCAGCCGCUCCUGCAGGGCGGGAGGCGGCGGCGGCGGAGUGUGCCCUGGAGCUGACCCGCAUCGGCGACAGAUGGAACCUGCGGCAGAGGCUCCUCAACCUGCUCGCCAAGUUGUUCUUGCCGAGCCCCGAAACGUGGGCUGCCCGCGGACACGGCGAGAGGAACAGAGGAGGAGCUUGGCUUUGUGGGUUUGGAAGAAGAGGCUCCACAGAUAGUGGGAGAUGAAGAGACCUCAAAUCUCGCUGCGUUGUAUUUAG